AUGACCGUUCCGGACUGGGCGAGCACUGUGCAGGAGCUGAUCGACCAGCCUGAUGUGAGCAUAAAUCAAAAAUGCCAGAAGAUCAUGCUGCUGCUUCGUGAGCGACACCUGCUCUACGACUCUUUUGCGACCCCCAUGGACUUGAUCGUUCAUCCGAAAAAUCGUGGAGGUGCCCUCGUAAAUCCACACGAUGUCGUGUCCAAGGGCGUUCAAAUCUCUUCCGUUGGCUGGGAUCGCAUGAAGUUGCGAGAAGCUGUAGCCAUCGAACUUCCGAGGGACGAAGGACUUCGCAAGCACUUUCUCGAGAUCAACACCCGCCUUGCCGAAAUGUCCGAAGGCCGCUUGGCGAAGCCAACUGGUAAGGAGAGGUGGGCAACUCUUAGCUGUUCGCACACCACUGCCUUCGUCAAAGCGAUGGCCAGCGGAUGCGGUCCCAAAUGUGGUUUGUCACUGGACGAGUGCAUGCAGAGUGGGGACGACUUUGCGAAGCUUCUCAAAGAAGGGUGGAGCUGGCGAGUCCUGGCGGCGGAGGUCGAGGAAAGGGUGCCAGCCUUGCCGGGGCUACUGCAGCAGGGCUUGAACUCGGACCUCGCGAUCGGCAAACCGCCUAGCGAACUGGAGGUCGCGAUGUGCAUCUCGCAGCUGUAUGCUGCCCAACCGGACGGAGCCAAGGACCUCGGGAAAGCGGUAGCAGCAGCAGGCAGCUCGAACCCUCCGUGCAAACCGUAUAUUUCGGCCAUUGCGGAUUUCGUUCAGCAGUUCGCAGGGGGUGAAUCCUUCAAAGUUCUGAAAUAUAUGGAUGCCAUGGCCCGGUCUUAUGCCGGGACCACGAUGCUGGGCGCCGACUUCACGAAAUGCCUCGCAUACACCGACUUCAAAAUCGCUACCACGAGAUGUCCGAUGACUCGCAUUGCUUUGGCCUUGACCCAGAUCACUGCACCGGCCAAUGCAGUCAUCGACGGGUUCAGCCGCCUUCUGACGAAGGCGGACUUCGAUCGUUUGAAGUCCAAGAAAAGCGAAGCGGAUUUGGUGAAAGCAGAAGCGCUGAUGCAACAAGCAUGGGCAGUGGUCGAAGCCGAAGCUUCCGACAAGGCACAUCUUCAGAUGGCUUUCUGCCGCUAUCAAAUACGCAUCAUCCUCUACAUGCUCGGCAAGCAGACGAAGGGCAGGGAGGGCAAGGAGUACGACUCCCUGGCCACGUUGUCGAGCAUGUUCAGCCAGGAGACCUUGCAGGUUCAGCCCGGGCAGGCUUCCCAGGCUGCAGCUUCUUCAGGGGAGCAGGUCCGAGACCUAGAGGCCUCGAAUGAUCAGACUUUGAUCGCAAAGCAGCAGAACAAGCAUGUGAAGGUUGGCCAGGCUUACUUGAUCAAAAGGACGGAGCCCGUGGAGGCUGACAAAGACAAAGUCUUUGUUUUGAAGGACUUGCAGCAGGAUGGUGCUACCUUGGAGCAUCGGCCUUUCUUUGGCGAGCAGGUGCAGGUCGAGAAGGUGGCUUUGCAGGACCUCAAGCAACUCAAGGAAUGGACUAAAGCUGUGCCUGCUUUGGUCGAGGAGGAAGCUCUUCAGAAGCUCUGGCCCGGUGAUUCCGAGAUCUUCCAGGACGAGCUGGCACGAGCAGAAGACCAAGGGCUUCUCUACAAGAAAUACUUGGAGUUGGGCGAUCCAGACGUCCGGCCAAGCAACAACGGCUUGCUGUUCUGCAACUGCUCCUAUGCCAAGUUUGACCUGCAACUCUAUCCUUUGGGGCAGCUGCAAAAGGUGCAGAAGCCUGGCCCCCAGGAUGUUGUCAUCCAGAAAAAAGGAAUGAAGCAUGACUGCUACGUUGUUUCGCCCGUUCGCUGGGACAUCCAGAAAUCAUCCGGUUACUUUUGCCCGUACUGGAUGAUCAAGGAAGCAACGGAGAGCCAAACGGCUACCCUCACCAGAACCACGAAGAAGAUCGGCGACAUGGUGGUGCCUGUUUACCAGAACAAGGUUGCAUUGAAGAUGGGCGACCAGCUGCUCCUGGAGCCGAAGACGGAGGUUUGGCUCGGCAGCAUGCAGGUCACUCGGCAAGUCAUUCUGCAGUACAAGGGCGGCCCCAAGGUCCCUGUUUCCGAGGGCCUGGUGCAUGUGGCGGACAAUGGCCAGCAAUAUCUUCGGUUCAGGCCGAGCAGCACGAGUCUGACGAGAGCCGUGCUGGGGCACAUGGAGAAGUUCAAAUCCCUGAAAAACCCAAGCUUGAGCUGCAGCCCACAAGUGUCGCAGAUCCGGGAAACGGUGAAGGCCAAGAUCCUGGAGAUGGGAAGCAAGGAGCAGAAUCCGGAUGGCAGUGAGAGGGACAAUUUGUUCGAUGCUCCUGUUGUCAAUGAAGAGGAGGAUUCGGCCAAUGAAGUCACCGCCCGAAAGCUUCGCGAAGCUUUGGAGAGAGCACCAGAUGUUAUGAAGAUAGAUCUCGGUGGCAAGCAGGUGGAGGUCUUGAAGCCCAGGAAUUGGCGAGAAACAGACAUCUUGGUCAAGCUCGAAGAGUCCGACCUUGAGCAUGUCUUCGAUUUCCUCAUGGUCGAUGUGGACUCGGUGUACGAGAAGCCAAAGCGACCUUACGUCCGAUCUGGCAGGUUUGCGGGCAAAAGGAAAGCCGAUGAGGACGACAAGCAGAGCGAUUCCGGCUGA